AUGGUUCCAAACCCACUCAUCUGCCAGGGGGCCACCCCUCGACAUGAGGUCAGUCCCCCUGUUCUCCAGACCCAGAACAUGGAUGGCUCUCAGGGUAGCUUAUGUCAAAACUGGGCAGCCUUCAUGCCUCAGACUGUACUGGGACUGAGUGGAUCCUGUGUAAUCAUCCCCUGCAGUUUCAAGUUGCCCUCACAAUAUGAUACAUACCUGGAUGAUUCAUGUAAAGCCAUAUGGAAGAGAGGCAGCUGGAGCAAAACGCAGGUGUUUGAUUCCAGCCUCACUGGAACAAGUGCCAGCUUAAACAUCCUGCAAGGAAACCUAACAGGGAUCCUGCGCAAUAAGGACUGCACUACCAUCUUCAACAACAUGCCAUCGAACCAUUAUGACAACUAUUACUUCAGACUACAGUGUGACAACACACUGAAGUUCAACUUUCACACGAGUGUCCUUAUUAAUAUUCAAGAUUCACUGCCCAGACCUACCAUAACUCCAUCCAAACUGGAAGUAGAAGAAGGGACUCUGGUGAGGUUGAACUGCUCAGCUGCAGCUCCCUGUCCCACUCUGCCUCCAGCUCUGACAUGGACACCCAGUAUAGGUGACACAGAGGAAUAUAUGGAAAUUAAUUCUAUGGCCUCUGUUAUGAACUUCACUGCCUCUUACCUCCACAAUGGACAGAAGAUCUCCUGCGCUGCGCUCUACAACCGACAGGAUGGCAACGGUGACCUUUUGUAUGAAAGAAGUUUGACCCUCCAUGUUUUUUAUGCUCCAUAUAACACAUCAGUCAAUUACUCUGGUCCUGUGAAAGAGGGUAGCUUGGUGACUCUGACCUGCAACACUGAUGCAAACCCAGCUGUAGACAGCUUCACCUGGUAUAAAGUGGAUGGCGAUCAGGUGACAGCUGUGGGUUUUAAGAAGUGGCUUUCAUCUACAGUCUCAGAAGUCGACAGUCAAUUUUACUGCACAGCCAGUAACAGAUAUGGAGCCCAGAACUCAUCCAUCACUCUAAUAGAUGUACAAUUUUCUCCGAAGGAAACAUCAGUAAUCGUCAACCCUCCUGGUCCAAUAGUGGAGGGCAGCUCUAUUACUCUGUUCUGCAGCAGCCGUGCCAACCCACCUGUGACCAACUACACCUGGUAUAAAGAUGAGGAGGAGGAUAAGGAGCCUGGACCGUUCCUGGUUAUAGACGGUGUCGACCUGAGCCACAAUGGUGACUACCACUGUGAAGCAAAAAAUGACCUGGGAGAAGAAACCUCAGCAACGAUCCAGCUGGACAUUCAAUAUCCCCCCAAGAACACCUCAGUUUUGGCUGACCCCUCUGGUCCGGCGCAAGACAGCAGCUCUGUGACUCUGACCUGCAUAAGCAUCGCCAAUCCAGUGGCAACGAACUUCACCUGGUACAGAGUGGCAGGAAGUGAAAAGGAGAUGGUGGGGUCUGAGCAAGACUUCACCUUCAAUGUUACCAAACUUUCAGAGGAUCAGUAUUACUGUGAAGCUCUGAAUGUCCAUGGAGCUGAAUAUUCUGAGCCUGUCAAGAUGGAUGUCACAUUUGCUCCAGAGAUCCUACCUUCCUCCCAAUGUGUCAAGAUUUUAUCCCAGGUCCGAUGUGCCUGUGACAGCCAAGGAAACCCGUCUCCCUCCCUGGUUUGGGAAUUGGCUGGGGAGCCUGUCAAUCACUCAGCAGACCUGCCAAUCAGAGAAGUGUCCCUGGGGAGCAUGGACAUGAGGAGUGUCAUCACCCUGUACCGUGUGGAUGAAGACAUGCCCUCUCUGGUCUGUGUCAGCAUCAACUCACUGGGCUCUGAUAGUUUUGCAUUCAAUGUGUCCUCCAGUGAAACCCAGCUAGGCAUCCAUACUGUGUCUCUGCUGAUUGGAUCUGCUUUGGGAGCGCUGGGGAUGCUGCUGUUGUGUGCUCCGCUGCUGCUAUUCUUUUGCAGAAGGAACAGGAAAGGCAGCCUCUCACCCGACAACGAACUGGUGGACACUUCAGACAUUUUAGUUACUAAUGAGACCAACUCUUCACAAGUGGAUGUAAUUUAUGUCAAUAAAGCCAUCAUAGAGGGAGGAGGAGGAGUAAAGGAAGACCCACUACUCUAUGCCGAUGUCGACUUUACUAAACUCCAGGCCAAGUCAGACAGUAAGCUUGUGGAGGGGGAGAUCAGAGGCCUCGCCUCCAAGACUGCUGAGUACGCUGAGAUUCACCUGCACUCUAAAGGGAGCAACGGAGGAGAGGCAAAGGGUGAAAGAACAAUUUCAGACACUGAUUUUGGACAAGGGAAAGUCUCAUAGGACAGGUCAGUGGUGAGUUUAUGGCUUAACUUUAGUGAAAUGAUAUUCUGGGCUCCCACAGCUACUGGACUUUGCUAUAUCUCACUUGUGUUCAUCUGUCAGUGACGGCCCGGCUGAGAACGGCCUCUUAAAGCCUGCGUUGUAGGCAACUUUAUUUAAAGUGAGGAUAAGUGAUGUCACACAUUUGUGGCUUCAAUUUCAGCUCUCAACUGUUGUCAUUGUAACUUUUCUGUUAAUCUUUCUUGUGUCUCUUUACUGAAAAAAUGUCUAGCAAAGCAGAAAACAAGUAAUUACCUUACAUUGCAGAUGUCAGCACUAAUCUGCAUGCUGGGGAUGAAACUUUAACCUCCUCACAAUCAACCAUAACAAUAAAUGUUCCCUCCUAAUUUUAAACUCACAAGCAUUAUUCUUCAGCAUUGUACUGUGGAUAAAUGACGACACAUGUAUUAUGUCUGUACAUGUUUAAUACUUAAAUGCUAACUUUUGUCUAAUAGUCUAUUUGUUACUUUAUUGUUGAAAAGCGUGCAUAGUGAAAAAGCAGGUAGACAGUCAUAUAUAUCAAAAAACUUUAUUGGUAAACUUUAUAUGUGUUUAUUCAUUGUAACUUUAAUAGACAUAAUUAUAUAUUUGAGCUUGAUUAUAAAAAAGGAAGCCAUUUGUCCUGCAUUUGAGUUGGUAUUUACACAAAAGUGGAAGUCAAAGCAAUUUAUUCAUAUUUCAUAAAUGAGCCUUAAAAAAUGAUUGCAGCUUUACAACAUUACAGCCAUGUCAUUCUGGAGCACGUUCCCAAACACAAAGUAAAGUCAAUAAAUGUUAAUGUACAUUUGUCCACACACAGCUUGUUUAAAAUAUUUACACUUUAGGAGUUUUGCCAAAAAUAUGUUAAUCAACUCAUAUCUAUAUUUUAGAUGAGGAUUUGGAUUCAUAACCCUUUUGUCCCCUCUGUCACUUGCUACUGCACACUAAUACACCUCAUGUCGAUGAAAGCAGAGAGGUAAAACACACACAUCCCAAAAGUCCGACGCACAUUAAUUUACAAUGUAAUAAACAGAGCUAAUAUGUCUCAGGUUGUUUCAGACAUGAUGUAUGAUAUAUUGAUUGGUAUAUUGUUUCUUUUCUUUUCUUACUUUUCUUUCAAAUCUUAAUAUUUAUGUUUUCAUAAAAGGUCACUUGUGUGUAUUGCCACAAAGAAUGAUUUUGUUUCUGUUUUUCUUAAAGGUGACAAUAAAAAUUUCAAAUAUAAAAAAGAAAGCAAAAAAAUGACAAAAGU